AUGUCUAACUCAACUACAAUUCUCCAUCUUCCGGACACCUUGGCGAACUGGCCUUGGCAGCGAACGAUAAACCCGCACUAUGAAGAGGUGAAAGCCGAGUCUGAUGCUUGGUUCCACAGCUUCAAGGCAUUCUCUGCCGAGUCCCAGUACGCAUUCGACAAGUGCGACUUCGAGCACCUACGCACAGGUUGUGACCUCAUGAAUCUGUUCUUCGCCAUUGACGAAUAUACCGAUGUGGAGCCUGCACCGGUGGUCCGCAACAUGGUGGAUAUAGUCAUUGAUGCAAUGAAGGACCCACACAAACCUCGCCCAGAGGGAGAAGUUGUUCUCGGCGAAAUGGCUCGCCAAUUUUGGGAAUUGGCAAUUAAAAGCGCCAGUCCGGCUGCCCAGCGUCACAUGAUUGAAGGCCUAACAACAAAUCUUGACUCGGUCGUUCAUCAGGCGGAAGACCGUGACAACGAUACGUAUCGUUCGAUAGCUUCCUAUCUGGCAAAUCGUCGCGAGAACAUCAGUGCUAAGCCUUUCUAUGUUCCUAUGGAACUUGGACUCGACCUCCCUGACGAGGCAUUCUAUCAUCCUGUCAUCACUGAAAUGUCGGAUUAUAUCGCGGACUUAAUUGGACUUGGCAACGAGCAGGCAACUGAUGACGACAGACACAAUAUCGUCACUGUAGUCAUGCACGAGCUGAAUGUCGGCCUAGACGCCGCUAUGCAGUGGGUGUUGAACUUCCACCGAGAGACCGAGGCGAAAUUCCUGGAUGCCGUUAAACGCGUGCCUUCCUUUGGUCCUGAGAUCGAUCGCCAAGUCAAGCACUGUGUUAACGGUCUUGCUAACUGGCCACGAGGUAGUGACUGUUGGAACUUCGAGAGUGGAAGGUACUUUGGUAGCAAAGGUCUCGAGGUUCAGAAAUCUCGCGAGGUAGCACUCCUUCCGAAGGUCGAAAAGCCCACAAAGGAUGGAUCGUUGAGGCGUGAAAACGUUGUGGUCCCACUUAUUGAGGCGCUUGAAGGCAAUUGA